AUGAAGGACGACGGCAAGACGCCAGAUAGUGAAAACGGAGGAGCGAACGUGUUCGCAAGAAGCGGAAAGCUGCAGAGAUCACCAGCGUCGAACCAGGUGACCACAGCGAGUUCCAGUAGUAGCAUACCCCAAGUGGAACAGCAUGGAUCCCAAGGAGAGCAGCUAGGUCAAGCUACUAGCAACGGUCAUCAAAUCCGGCAUAGCUAUGGCAGAUCGGGAACGGAAGAAUGGAGAAGAAGAGCCGAAGCGGCCGAAAAGGCUCUGUUUGAGGCCAAGGAGAAUGCAAAGCUGGCUGAAGCGCAGGAGACGCCGAAGGGACCAACGAAUCUACGUCAGGAGAAAAGAGAUAGGGAAACGCCAGGAGACGAAGAGGACCUAAAAAAACACAAGGAUGACGUAUACGGGGACAAUGAGAAGAAGGAACAGAAGAAGAAGGAGGAGGAGGAAAAGAAGAAUGAAGAGGAAGAGAAGAAAAAGAAGACGGAAGAGAGGAAGAAGGAAGUCAAGAAGAAGGAAAACCCCAGGCAUCGUAGGGAGAGAAGUAAGGGCGACGCUAACGAGUUGCUGAAGACAGGAAGAGUCAAGACAGCAGCGUCCCAGACCAAGCGUGGACGAAUUGACCGAAUCGUUAACGAGGGCAUGCGACACAACUAUGCCGAGGAAAUCGGAACCAAGGAACAGACGGCGCCCAGCUUACUGGUGGAACGAGGCACUUAG